UUCAAGAAGCAAUAGUUGAAGUAUCUUUCUAAAUAUAAUCGUUCGAAGUUUACCUUUGUUAAUAUUGAGAAUUCAUUGUAUUAGAUAAUGUCAUUCUUCGGUUUUGAUCCUUCGUUGCCUCCGCAACAACGGCCCGAAGUGGCUGAGUCCUACGACUUUCAGGAUACUUAUGAUGGAUUGGAUGAAGCUGACGCCUUCAAUGACCAAACUUUUGGUAAUGAACAACAACAACAAUCAUGGAAUGAACCUGUAGCUCAUGCUCCAUCUGCUGCUGUCAAGCCGGCUGUAAGUUAUGCCCAAGCUGCCAACACUGGAACCAAUGAUGACGAGUUUAUGCAUGAACUUUGGGGUACUGAAAAGCCACAAGUUCAACAACAAGCUCAACAACAUGCCCAGCAACAACAGCAAGCUCAACCGGAAAAGAAGGUUUUGUCAUUAGAAGAAAUUGAAGCUCAGUUGACUGCUAUUGACCAUCAGGCUCAACAACAACAUCAUCAACUUCAACCACCUCCAUUUGGAUACCCAGGUAUGAUGCCUCAUCCUCAAUUUGGUGGUUACAUGAUGCCUCCUGGUGGGUACUUGCCACCUCCGGGACAAUAUGGACAGUUUAUGGGUGCGCCAAUGCCAAUGCACCAACAAGUUCCAGUUCAACAACUUGGACAGCAACCUAUCCAACAAAUGCAAGGGCAGCAACAACAUGCUGGUAUGGGACAACUUCCUCCACAAGCUGCUGCUCAAAUCCCAGGUGGACAACUUCCACCUCAGGCUCCUGCUGCCCCGAUUGCUCCUGUCCAACAACAAGUUGCUCCUUCUACUUCUUCUCCUCAACAAGCUGUCCCACAACAAGGUUCAGUCAGAAGAGCUUCCAAGGUUGAUAUGGCACAAUUCCCUGUUUUGGGAGCCAAAGGUGAUCUUUCUCAUGUCAAUGCUCAUGCUGAAGCUCCUCAAUCUCCUCAAAGACAACAACAAUCUGACCGUGAACACGUUCAACAAGGACAAGGUUAUCAACAAAACCACUUCAACCACCACCAGCAACAACAUCAACAUCAACACCAACACCACCGUUCUCAUUCUCAUCACCAGAACUACCAAGAUUUGACUCCAGAACAACAAGCUAAGUUGGCCAAGAGACAAGAAAAGGUUGCUAGAAUCAUGAAGUACUCUGGUAUCAUGAACCCAAGAGAUAAGGAUUAUGUUACUCGUUUCCAAUUGUCCCAAAUUGUUACUGAAGAUCCAUACAAUGAAGAUUUUUAUGCUCAAGUCUUUAAAGUUAUUCACCCUAAGGCUAAUAGCACUCAUUUGCAAGAACAUGCCCAACAACAUAACUCUAUUGCUCAAGCUUACUUGGAACAAAGUGGUCAUAGAUUAGGUGGUCGUUACAACAAGGCUGAUUUGGCCUUGCAAAGAAUGCAACAACAAGUUCAAAAGGCUGUUACUGUUGCCAAGGAAAGACCUAAGUUGACCCAAUAUGCAAGAGAAGGUUCUUUAGGUAAAAUUUCAUUUGGUAAUGGUAAAAAACCAAGACAACAAUUGGAAAUUUUCAGUCAAGCUGCUCAAAGAGAAAUUGAAAAGCAAGAACAGUUGGAAAAGAGCAAGAAGGAAGACAGUGCUGUUGCUGAUGAUGACGAAGAUGACGAAGAAGUUGUUCCACCAGUUCCAGUGCCAGCUAAGAAGAGAGCUAUGUCUAUAUCUGCUGUUUCUACUGGUCCAAAGAAGUCUUACACCAAGAAGGAUGUCAUGAACAUUUUAGAAACAAUUAUCACCAAGGUGAUGAACCUUGAAAGUGCUUCUAGAGUUUCCACGGAUAUUGAAACUGCAGAACUUUGGGAAUCCUUGCAUAUCUUGGAUCAACCAUCCACUUCUGGUGUUCCUCAAGAACAAGUUAACCCAUUCAUUCAAUGUUUGAACCACAACAAGGCUUUGAAGAUCUUACCUCGUUUAUUUAAAUUCUUAUCCAGAGAACAAAUUUUAACCAUUGUCACUUUGGUUAUGUCCAAUUUAGAAAACUUGUCUGUUAUCAGCAAGGGUUCUUACACUACAUACCCUGAUAAGGUAGUUUCUCCAACUAUUUUGAAGUUGGUUGAAACUUACUCAUUAACAUUUUCCAAGGUUUUGAUGAAUGCAGUCCAAGACUUCAAGUUUAAUGAAAUCAUUGGUUUACUUGUCAUUUUGAUUGAACAUAACAAUGUUUCACUCGUAUCCACUACCAAGAUUGGGUUGUCUAUUUUGACAACUUUACUCUCUCGUGCUGAAUUGAUCAAGGGUGAAGGUGUCAUUUCUGCCACUGAUCUAUCUGAAUGGUCAUCAUGUUAUGAUGAAUUGUUUACUUCAUUGGAAUCAAGAAUUGCUUCUAUUUUCCCACCACAUCCACAAGACAUUGAUGAUGGUUCUUCUAGAGAAAACUAUGUAUGGCAAUUUUUGGCCACCUUGUCUUUGGGUGGUAAGUUGAGUCACCAAAGAAUCAUUGUUGAUGAAGUUAGAGAUGAAAUCUUUGGUGUCAUGAACCGUGCCAAGGCCAUUGAAAACUCUGAUUUGGCAAACUUGUACAAGAAGCAAAACUUGUUGAACAAUUUGAACAUGUACUUGGUUGUCAUGGGAUUGGUUGCCGAUGAAAAUGAAAUCAGAGAGCUCCAAGGUUGAGCUUCAAGAGAAC